GCCAGCAGGUAUUCUCCGACUGCCAGCACUGACAGUUGUUUCUGUCAAUAAGACGUCCCACGUCUAUAGCACUUGUCUAUUGCUCUCGUCCAUAGCGCUUGUACAUUGCGGGCAGGUGUGAUGGGUUUCAGAAGGAUUCCAGAUUGAUCCAUUGUCCACUCGCGGAAUCUCCCUGAUCACCUGUUGAGGAAGUAUUGCUGAGAUACACGGAAGUCUGUCUGGAACAGUCUACUAUGACACUUCAUUAGCGGCGUACUUGUCGACCCAUUCCACGCUUGUUUCACGGAAUCAAUAUCGACAAUCAUACUCGUCCGUCGACACUGUUUGAUCAUCUCUACACCCAAGUCAAUAGAGUUGGUGCUGCCAUCUAGAUCAGCAUCAUGUGUGGGAGCUGUCAUGAUCAUGAUUACCGGGAUGAGAAGGGGGUACUGAGCAGUCCGACCCGGAAGCGAGGAUGUACAGACAUGCUGGCACUCUUCGUCUUCUUCCUCUUCUGGGCUGGAAUGAUUUUCAUUGCGGCUUUCUCGAUAACAAAAGGUGACGCCUUCCGCCUGGCGUACGGCUACGACAGUUAUGGGAAUACGUGCGACGAAGAUAACACAGACAAGGCCAUUCCCAAUAUUGAACAUUCGGGACUUAACUUGAAGGGAAAAUCGUAUGUGUUUUUCAUGGAUGUUGAACACCCAAAGGAAUCAAUGAGGAUAUGUGUCAACAAGUGUCCCCAUGAAGACCUGGAUGACCUGAGACAAGUGGCACAUUUCUCCAAGACAACGGGGUCACAUUUGUGCCGAUACGAUGUCACCAAGGACGAUUAUGAAAACCUUCAGGGGCCACAGGGCCUCCAGGGCCCCUGCCCCAUGACCCCAGUUAAAAAGAGUGUGCCUCUGCUGAAUCGUUGUGUUCCGUCACCGCUGUCCACGCUGCCUCAGGAGGUGUUGGGCAAUAUCAUCAACUUCCUGAACAGCAGCGACACCUUCCACAAGGUGCUCAGCGACCUCUACAACACCUGGAAGGAGAUGAUCGUGCUCUGCUUUGUCGCAUUCUUUUUUGCCUUGAUAAUGGCGUUGCUGAUCCGAUUCUUUGCGUCAGUAAUUGUUUGGCUGAUCUUGGGGGUCGUCAUCAUUGCAAGCUUAGCGGGUACUGCUUUUCUCUGGUGGACAUAUGCAAGUGUCAAAAACAAACUGGACAAUGACUUCAAGCUGAAGAUUCCCCUGCUGGACGUUGAGAUCAGUAGUGAAAACACCUUCCUUACGUUUUCCAUCAUUGCAUCAGUUUUGACAGUGAUCCUGCUGCUUGUGAUCCUGGUGAUGAGGAAGCGCAUCUCGCUGGUGGUGGCGCUGUUCCACGAAGCAGGGAAAUGUAUCAGCUCAAUGCCCUGUCUCCUGGCACAGCCCAUCUGGACGUUCUUCAUCCUUCUCAUCUUCUUCGUCUACUGGGUCAUAGUGCUCAUAUAUCUCGCGACAGCAGAAAAGGUAUCAAUAAACAAGAGUACAAAGUUUGUGGAGUACAUCGAACAUGAAAAUGUGUCGUAUUUCUGGUGGUACCACGCGAUAGGGCUGGUGUGGACGGGCGAGUUCAUCAUCGCCUGUCAGCAGCUCGUUAUCUCUGGAGCUGUGGCCACAUGGUACUUUACAAGGGACAAGGAGUCUAUAAAAUGUGCAAUCUGCGUGUCUAUUGGUCGUCUCGUUAUCUACCACCUGGGCUCGGUGGCGCUGGGGUCGCUCGUCAUCACUCUCAUCAAGAUGCCGAGGAUGAUACUCAUGUACUUAAAUAAGAAAUUAAAAACUUCAGAGAACAGUUGUGCCCAGUUCUGUAUGAAGUGCUGCAUCUGCUGUCUGUGGUGUGUGGAGAAGUGCCUCAAAUACUUAAACGCUAAUGCGUACACCCUUGUAGCUAUUAGUGGUAAAAAUUUCUGCAAAUCAGCAAAGAGGGCGUUUAUAAUCUUGGUGAGCAACUCAUUACGAGUGGCCGCCAUCAACAGUAUAGGGGACUUCAUGCUCUUCCUUGGGAAACUGGGUGUCAUGGGGGCCACAGCUGCUGUUGGAAUAAUGUGGUUGAAGAGUCGCACUGAUCUUCAUUUCUUUGCCAUUCCUGUACUGCUUGUUUGUGUAUUUGCGUACUUCGUUGCUCACAGCUUUUUGACAGUGUAUGAGAUGGUGAUUGAUGCGCUGCUGUUAUGUUUCUGUGAAGAUUGUGAUAUGAACGACGGAUCACCAGAGAGGCCCUUCUUUGCCAGCAAGGAUCUCAUGGUGUACAUCCAAGACAGUAGCAAAGCCUUGAAUGAGUUGACGAAGCGAAAAGGCAGCGAUGAGAUGGAGCCUGCGGAGGUGUGACAAUGAUUGACACUCGCACACAUGCUCAUUUCACAUUACGAGUGACGUCAUUCUGUCAUCCACUAACACUGCCACAGUGAUGGCAGUAGUGAAAUAUACAUCAUGGUGCAACAGUGACAUGGACAUCUAUGAAAUAGAUGACAUCAAAACGAACAAUCAUUUAAGUUCAUGUCAGUCACAGACAAUGACAUGGUGGAUUUCAAGAUUUGUCAUAAAUAUGGGAUUUUUAUAUUUGCAAGCAUCUGUUAUUUUUCCUGCUUUUUUCCUUUCAUCGUGGCGCUAUCAACUUUUGUUGACCUUGAUGUGGAGAAUGUGUGAUUAUUCCACUCAGGAUGUGAUCAAAGGGAGACAACUACAUUCAACCUUCAUCUUGCCUUCCACUAAAGAAGCGACAAUGAUUUAACACUGAUUCAAUCUUUUUGUUUUCACUAACAGUAACACAAACUUGAAAUCAUGUUUUUAAUUUGAUCAUGGUUGUGAUUCAUUGAUUAUAACUAAAUCUCAAUACGGAUCUGUCGUGUGACCACAUAGAGUAUUAUGGGCAACAAAACAUUUUCAAAUAUGCUUUUCUUUCUUCAGUCAACAGUUAUUUUAGUAUUAGACAGUGCUCCAUAUGUCCUGUAAUCACUUUUUAUUAAUGGGGCAUAAUUAAGUUGUAAUAUUCAAUUAUUAUAUAAUUUCAUACCAUUUAUUGAUAUUUAACCCUGACAUAUAUUACUCAGUAGUGAUGCUUUUAAUUCUAUUAUUGGUACUUAAAAAUUUGAUUUAUGUCAUUUAUUUCUGUAAUCUGCCUUUAGGCCUAGUUUGCAUCAAGAAUGCUAGUUAUGAUAGUUAUCAAAUAUAAUUAUACUGUUAAUAAUAACUGCAGAGAGAAAAAUCACUUUAUUUUCAGUAAGUUCUACAUACAGAGCUGUUAAGAAACGUUUAAAGAAACCUAAGUUUAAGUGAUUCGAAACUUUAAAGAUGGUUUUUAAUUUUAUUUUUUAAGGUGAACUCAUACUCUUUAUUAGUGUGGUAUGCAGUGAGAAGUAAGUCAUGUGGCCAUGACCCAAGUACAGCUGGCCUCUUGAAUAGCUUGAUAUGAUUUCAUAAGAUUUUUGUAUAUAUACAAUUCAAUUUUUUAUAAGGAUACUGUUAUAAAACAUAUCAAUGUAUGAACAUCUCUACUCUAAGGAAUAGACAUACGUACAAUGUGCAAAGCUCAUUUCUGUUGUGCAACUGCCGUGAUAUUGCUGGAAUAUUGCUAAAAGUGGCGUAAAACCAUACUCACUCACUCACUCUAAGAAACUGGUCACAUUCGACCCCGACAUGAAAUAGUAGGAAUAUGCCUAUCAAAAUUUGAGUAAUAUAUGUAUUUGGAUAUUUGGUUUUGACACAGAAUCGUAGUUACAGUAAAUAUGUUUGCAGCUUUUGUUUUUGUGGAUAUACAGUUUCAAUGCUUUACAAAUCAGAAUAUGAAAAUUUCAGUUUUGGAAUUUGUUAAAAAAAUUAUGUCAGACAGACAAACAUGCUGUGAAGACUUUCGGCAUGGUUUGUUGUAUUUUAAAUUGUGGUUAUGUCAAACUGAAUUAAUGUGGUUUCUAAUGGUGCUUGCACUGGAAAGAAGGUAAUAUCGGCAACAUUCUCGUAUGCAAUCAGUUUACAGCAUCAUGUUUAUAGUGGAUCGACAUGUGCAAUAUCAGGGCUGGUGGUAUCUGGCUAAUACAUGUACUACACACUGAUGUAACCUGACCAAUUGUAUUGAAAUGAUUUAUUCUCGAUAAGAAACUUACCAUAAUUCUCUUUUUUUAAAGAGAAUGCUUAAAUUCAUUCUAAUUUUGAUAUUAAGGGGGGGGGAAAAAGCUAAAACGAAAUUCUAAAGAUGAUGAUGAUGAUGAUGAUUAUGAUGAAAAAAAAUAUAAUUAAUAAAUUAAUAAUUUAUAAUACAUUUGUGGAACAAUACAGAAUGAAGUCUUUCUUGAAAGUAUGGUCAUGGGGAGUUUCAUAUCGCAGAGCAUUAUCAACAUCUUCAGUCACAGUAUAUAUGCCCACAGAGUUCCAUGUUGAAAAUUCAGGCAGUUUUUGAUUUGUCCAACCAUACUGAGCAUAUUUCAGUUUUUUAUUUAGUUCUUCAACUCUUUAUUCACAGACACAAUUGGUUCAAACCAAGUUGUUGUUUUUCAACAUCAGUAAUCACUGAGCUUUCAAUGGUGGGCUAGGGAUGUCCUCAACUACACCACAGUGAACAGGUUUUGUUUGCUUUGCUAAAUAUUUUCAUACCUUUUGUAUAUAUGAAAGAAUAGCUCUAAUUUGUUUCCUUAGACAUGUAAAUUUCAUAUGAAUGUAUUAAUUAGAAAUGGUAUUAAAUCUUGGUGUAUAUUUUGAAAUGUGAAUAUUCAAUAUAUAUGUACAUACUAGCUUGGUGGUGUAAUAUGAUGAAAGAGCUAUUUUCAUUAUUUAGAAUGGGAUUUAGUUUAGGUCAGUUCAAGCAUAUGCAUAUCAAGGAAAGGGGGAAAAUGGAAAGCUCUUUUCAGAAAUCUCCAAUUUUAUGACAAUGUAUUUGUGGGACAACAUGCAAAUGAUUUUUAUGUCUUUUAAAGACAAAAUGAAUUUCAUCUGUUUGUAAAAGAAUAAAUGGAUGUUUUGUUUUUUCAGUUCAUAUUUUAUUGAGAAUGUGUGCUUGUAUUUGAAUGCUGGUGGUAUAUGCAUAUUAUACCUAUAUCUGUCAUUGAUGGAGAUAAGAAUCACAUCUAUUUCAGCAGAAGGAACACAGUUUCGUGAUAACUAGACUCUCAUGUCAACAUGUUUUGAGUUGUGUCAGGAUUUUCUAACUUGUAUCAGUGAUCUGACAAUUUUCUAAGUAAACAAUAAUAGAAUUUAAAAUUUUGAUAAUUUGUGUUUCCAGACCAAUUUGAUUUUUUUAAAGGGUUUUUGUCUAAAAAUACCUGAAUGCAGAAGAAAAAAGACUUAUGUUUAGAUACUGCAUUGUUUCUGUCCUUCACAGCCAUCUUUUGGGGUUCAUUUUUUUAUGAAAAAAAACCCAGUCCUUAGUCUCCAGAUCAAGUGUUUACUGGAACAAGCAAGAGACCUCAAAUAUUGUCAAAUUGUCAAUGUAACAGUAACAUUUAGGAUGGAUUAUUUAUAGAUUUGAUUAUUUCCUGUUAUGGGUGGGUUAAAUGGAUAAAAAGUGACAGGCGGAUCGGCUUGCUACUUGAACGAGGCCCAAGUGAUCCAAGUAGUGAAACAUGGUCUGGCUCUCUACAGCUGCGCGUCACGGAUGUUGUUAUAGUCUUGUAGUGCAAGUCAUAGUGGAUCUUCUCAUAAUGAAACACUUUGUGACAUUACAUCUUUCAACUUUUAACAUAAUUUUAAUUCUGAAGUUUGGUCAAAAAGAAACAUGGAUUGAAUAUUCAUCUUUGCUGUUCAUUUCUUUCAGAUAUUUAGAUUAGGACAUGAUAAAUCCUUUAUUAUUAGUUUUUCAUCCCCGCCCACUACCAAACACUUCACCUGCAUCAUUUUAUUGUCCUGGAGUAUCUAUCGCUGUGUGCUCACUUCUUUCUACACUUGAUGAAAUACAAUGUAACAGACUUGAAAUGUCACUUAAUGUACACCCAGCAGUUUGUUUAGAAAACAAAAUAAAAUGUAAAAAUAACAUUGCCUCCAACCCCACGGUUUUGAAUAUUUGGGAUGAACAUCGGGUAAUAAUGAAUCAUUUUGCACUAAGUUUCUGUUUUAGACUUUCUUGACAUGUUGAGUUGUAUCAGUAAGGGCAAAAAACAUUUAUCCAUGAUUGAUUUUUUUCUUAAUUCUGUGUAUUCUGAAAGCUUCAACAUCAAUACGAUGCAUUCAAAUGUCAAUAGCAUACACUCAAACAGUAGCAUGCACUUAAUCCUUAGUAGCACGCAAACAGUAGCAUGCACUCAGAUGUUCGUAGCACUAAAACCUCAGUAGCAUGCACUCAAACAUCAGUAGCAUCAUGCACUCAAAUGUUGUCACCUUGCACAUUUCGCCACAAGGUGCUGAUUCAGCAGAAUGCAAUGCACUUGGUGACCUACAUGAAAUGUGUGUCACACGUCUGUAUAUGCUCAAUAAGUAAAACUUCAUAAUUGUCUAAUUAAAACAUUUAGUCUUGAUUACCUAUCUAUGUACUGACCUCGUAAGAAUGUUCAGGCAGAGAUAUUAAAGGUAGAAAAAUACAUAGAUGUUAGAGAAAUGUUGGAUACAUGGUUCAAGUGUUGACUCCUUACUUCUAAUCUGGCAACCAAACUGAAAUGUUUCAUAAAACAGAUUGUUAUUUUUGUAAUAAAAUGAUUGUCUUCGUGUCCAUUAUGUGUGUGAGAAGUGUUGGAGUGAUUGUUUAUGUAUAUAAAGUCUCAGAUGUUAAUCAUGUCUCAGUGUAUUGUCAUUUUCAUACAAAAACCUCUACAUCCGCAUAAUCAAAGUAUUCAUUUUCAAUGUCCCAGUCUUUUAUUGUUUGUAAAUGAUUUCAUCAGUAUUGUUACUUAUUACAAAUAUGGUUUCUUUUACACAAUGCAAGUACAUGUAUUUUUAAUUUGAGGUUGAUCAUUUCUGCAGAAGUUUACUCUUUCUAGUUUGCAGCGACUGUUUGUGGAUAAACAAAUUAUUCUUCUUGCAUGAUUUGGGGUUAAAUUACAUUUUAUAACUUUAAUGGAAAACUUUAUUCGUUUAUUUCAUUUAUUUGUCUUUCACAUUAUAUUUUUUUGCUUGCUAAUACUUGUCAUAAUUUACCAUUUCUGUUUUGGAAACUAUUCAUGACGUACUUCAACAAAGUAGGACUUUUUCAAAUUUUAGAAUUUUAGUUUAGUUAUUUCAACAGUGUCAGGGAAUUCAAUUAUAUUUGAAUUCAUUUGUAUUUUUAUUCAUUUUGAGAAAUUUCAUUUCUUAAUGAAUCCAUGUAUAAUUACUUUUAUCCUGUUUCUUGGCACUCAGCAUUUUAUUAUUUUAAUCCUUAUUAUAUUAUUAUUUAGUUGAUACAUAUCAUAGACUUUCAAUUGUUCUAAUGUUUUGUAUCCCAGACAUAAUCACUCACCACUGAAUGGUUUUAUGGAAUUGCAGAACUCAUAAGAAUUGCACAUCCCAUUUUAUGGCCCGUGUGCAUUUUUACUCCAAAAGCAAAAAAAAUACAUUCAUCUCCUCAUUGUAAUGAAAUGCUAUGCAUAGGUUUGAUGACAUGAGGCAUGAUUUUGAAGUGGUACCCAGUGCAUUUGUUUAAUCAGCUUGUUGUGUACAUCCAAUAUGGCUGCUGUGUAAUCCAAAAUGGCCACCAUCUUCCCGUGUUGUUGAUUGCUUGUUCAUCAUUGUCGGAGAGAGUGCUACCCAUCAAACAAUCAGCUGUGAAUGUACAUUUCACUUGGUUUCUGGACUGCAUUUUGUGAGCUUUUUUCUUUUGAAUGAAUUACUGGGUGACUUUUGAAAUGAGGUUUUGUAUUGUCCCAUUGACCAACACGAAUAUAUUUCUACUGACAAUAAAAUUGUCCAAAGCUA